UAUACUGUCAACUGUUAACACGAAAGGUGAUUACAAACUACCAAAUCAUCUACAUUUAAGACAUAAAGUAACUAUAAAGCUAGAUUAUGCACAGUAUAUAAGGAUAAUACAUAGGUAUAAGUAUAAGACCGUAACAAUAUGAAAUAUUACGAAUUUAUUGUCGAAAACAAAUACGAUAGAGAAGGGAGAAAAGGAAAAAUAUUCCCAAUUGAAAUGAUCAAUGAUCUGGGAAAGCAGUCGAGUGAAACUUUAACGUACUCCCCCAUGAGGGAAAUUGUUAUUGUCUACGCCCCAGCGAGGUGUUUUUUUAGGGAACACCGCAACAGAUAAAUUGCCUCUAGCGACGCGUAAAAAGCAAUGAAAGCAUUUUCAUUCCUCCGGCACCCCUUUGUUCCCUGCGGAAUGCUGAACUGUAUCUACAAGCAGAGCAACCCCAAGGGUGUCGGUCCCAUUUGUGGGGUAUUUUAUGAAAUGUUGAUUGAAUAAGAAAUCGAUCUAAACUACGAUAUUGUGGAAGAUAUCUUUUUAUGUCUGGUAACUAGUAAAUGUAUAAAGGAUUUGGAUUUUGCCAAGUGCUGAUACCUAAAUUAGAAAAUAGGCCAAUUUCCCAUCAAAAACUAAACAAUUUCCGUAUCAUCUUUUUCUUUUAUCUGGUAAAGUUAUAGGUUUAUUGCAUGUCUCAAUUUAGAUAGCUCUUAUCGCUCGCUAAUAAGAUAAUAAUCGUCAAAGAGUAGUUUUAUAAUCGUUGAAACGACAACUUCUAUGUUCACGUUUUGUUCAAAGUCCUAAUUAAACAGACACUAAGCGUCACAUUGUCAAGAAAAACCGUCACAAUGGGUUCCGCUCUGUAGCUCUCAUGUAGUGUUGUGUAGAGUAUAUUUAUAAUUACUAUAGUUUCACAAUGGUAACUGUUACAAUUAAUCAAGGUGAUCUAAGCGGUGUGUUGUGUAAGAGCGGCAAUGUGGAAUAUUAUGCGUUUAAAGGUAUUCCGUACGCACAGCCACCGAUUGGGCCAUUACGAUUCAAGGCACCUGAGCCGCCGCUACCUUGGAUUGGGGUACGAGAUGCAUCGCAACACGGGCCUGUUUGUCCGCAGUACAACGAACGUUUAGACCGCAUAGAGGCCGGCAGCGAAGACUGUCUCUACAUAAACGUAUACUCGAAAUCGUUAACACCUCUCCAACCGCUGCCAGUUCUUGUAUGGAUCCACGGAGGAGGAUUUUAUACGGGUUCAGGAAAUUCAGACUUUUACGGACCAGAAUUCUUCAUGGAGCAAAAUGUCGUCCUUGUCACAUUCAACUACAGACUGGAAGUUCUAGGUUUCCUUUGUCUCGAUAACGAAGACGUUCCUGGCAAUGCCGGCUUGAAGGACCAAGUGAUGGCUUUGAAAUGGGUCAAAAACAAUAUAUCUGCUUUUGGAGGCGACCCAGGCAACGUCACAAUAUUCGGAUGCAGCGCCGGUGCGGCCUCCACGAGUUACCAUUUGACGUCUAAAAUGAGUGAAGGUUUAUUUAACAAGGCUAUAUGUCAGAGUGGUGUGUGUUUAAAUGAAUGGGGUUACAAUUUAUACGCUAAAAAGCGUGCAUUCCAACUGGGGAAGUUACUUGGCAAAGAAACCACAGAUGAGGUUGAACUCCUAGAUUUUUUAAAUCAACUUCCAACAUCCUCUUUAGUCAAUAUUCGUUUACCCGCUCUUGAUGUGGAGCAUAGAGAUAUAGCCGAUAGUAUUUACUUCGGUCCUGUGAUAGAAAAAUCUAAUUUAAAAGUAGAGAAAUUUAUAACAGAACCACCUUUUGAAUCGAUGAAAAGUGGAAGAGUUGCUGAUGUGCCAAUUAUAGUUGGAUAUACAUCAGCAGAGGGAAUUGAAACGGCAAGAAAAAUUAACGACUUAAUAAAAUUUCUAUCUAAAGUGGGUUCUGUUAUACCAAGAGAAAUCAAACUUAAAGUUAAUCCAGACGUACUUAAAAACAUUGAUCAGAAAAUACGUAACAAAUAUUUCAAUGGCAAUCCAAUAACAAAGGAUAUGUUGCAAGAAUUAACUGAUCUUCACACAUACAGUUUAUUUACUUACAAUAUUUACAGAUUUGCAAAGUUUUGUGCAAAGAUUAAUUCUAGUCCCGUAUAUUUGUACAAAUUUGCUGCUGAAACGGAACGAAAUAUUGCAAAAGGAAAUUACAAGAUGAAUCACUUGAAAGGUGUUUGCCACGCAGAUGAGUUACCAUAUUUAUUCAAUGUUACUUGCCUUGACAUUCCAUUAACUGAUUCCAUGCCUUUAAUAAAAGAAAUUGUUGGUUUGUGGACUACUUUCGCGCAUAGCGGGAACCCGACAGAAUCAAGAAAUAUAACAUGGAAACCAUAUUCUAGUAAAACAAAGAACUGUUUUGUAAUAAAUAAAACAUUUGUUUGUAGUGAAGGCCCAGACUCCGAUCACAUUAACUUCUGGGAAGAAAUAUACGCAAAUGUGGACGGAGAUACUAAAUGUAAUAUUUGACAUGAAAUAAAAAUAAUAAUUUACUAAUGAAA